AUGGAGCCGGCUAGAAACGCAGAGUACGGCCAGCAGGAAUACUGGGACCGGCGCUACACGGAGGAGGAGCACUAUGAUUGGUUCCCCUCCGUGUACCCCAUGUGUGUCGCGGCGGCCUUUGAGGCCAUUGAGGCUGUCUAUAGUGUGCAGCGCGGUGCAGGGACAUUCGAUGGCACGCUGAAGGUGUUGCAUCUUGGUACUGGUAACUCAAUCCUCUGCGCCGACAUCCGCGCCACCUACGAGGCAAAAUAUCCGACGGAAGACUCAAGGCCCUACCGACUCGUGCAGAUAGCCACCGACUACUCUGCUGUGGCCAUCGAUCGUAUGAAGGCCAAGUACGGUCCAGCCCAUCCGCUGGAAAACGUACACUGGGUAGUUGCCGAUGUCCGCGAUCUCAGUCGCGUGCGUGCGCAGUUUGGUCCUUUCUUCGACGUGGUGCUGGACAAGGGCACCAUGGACGCGCUGCAGGCAGACAAAGCGAACCAGAAUAUGGAAGACGACAUUGAACGGAUGCUCUGCGAGGUGAGUAGGUGCGUCGAGGGCGGUGUUGGCACGCGCGUGUAUCGUGUGUUUGUGCAGAUCACGUGGGAAGUUCCUUACUUGCGCCUUUACUACACCACGAAGAAUGCCGCGCACACCUUCGCCUGGGGCACCGAUGUCACCUACCGCUUUCUGGGUGAGAGUGACAUGUACAGGGUGUACACGUACGAGGUGUCACCGCCCUCUUCCGAGUAG